AUGUCGAAUUCUCAAAAGCGCUCCAACGAUGGGAACGGUACCGAAAGAAGUUCAAAAAAACAGAAAGACAAAUCGUACUAUAAAAAGCAGAGUAAAGUUGCCGGCUUGAAACCAAAUAUUUCCGGAAUUUUCGUUAGCUGCACAAAAUCCAAAGAGGCACUGUGCGUUAGAGAGUGUUACGAUCUUUUUAAUGCGUAUGCAGAAAAAUUAUACGGGUUGGGUGAUGCCGAGGGCGUAGUCUCUAAUUCGGAGGAAGGUGAGGACAUUGAAAGUUCCAUAAUGAAAGAACUUGUUCAAAUGAAGCAACCCCAUGAAUCGCAUCGAUUUGCUUCAAUUCAAACUGGGACCGAUUGUGACCUUAAACGUGACGAGGUUCAUGAGGUCGAAAAACUUGGUAACCUUUUUUCGUUAAUUUGCACUCAGAUGUAUAUCUCCGGCGAGAGUUUUGCGGGAACCUUCAUACCAUACAUAGCCAACGCCAUUCUACAGCGCAAUCACGCCCGAAAAACCGCCGAUUAUCUGAAGUAUAACCUCAAGGGAAUAGCAAUCGGCAACGGGUGGAUAGAUCCAAUUGCACAGUAUAACGCAUACUACACCUUUUCAGUCGAACAUAACCUCUUGAACGGCGAAUACAAGAAAGUUGCUCAAGAACAAUUGAAACGAUGCAUGGCCGUGGAGAAAGCAAACACCACCAUUCAUUUAGAUGCUUGCGAACAAGUUCUGAUGUUAGUUUUAGAGAAUUCGCGCAAACGGUAUCGAUCACCUUUUCUUUUUCAAUAUCUCCCUUUCCCUUCUACCAACCCUUUUGACGAACGCAAAAUUUUCAGAGUCGGUUCAAACGAAACCUGCGUAAACCAGUAUGACAUUCGAGAUCAUUCCGAUUCAUAUCCUUCGUGCGGGAUAUCAUGGCCUUACGAACUCACCACCAUCUCUGCAUACCUAAGAAGGGCCGAUGUUAUCGGAGCAAUUCAUGCUGAUGCUCAAAAGAUUGGAUGGGUCGAGUGCAACAGUGGUGUCAGUCGAGGUUUCACGAAUGAUUACAGUCCGCCCGCAGUCCAGUUACUUCCUUCCAUCCUAAAGCAAAUCCAAGUCCUGUUGUACAGCGGUGAUCAAGAUCUCAUUUGCAAUCACAAUGGUACCGAAGACAUGAUUGCUGAAAUGACGUGGAAUGGUGCCAAAGGUUUUCAGAAUCUGACGGCCACACCCUGGUUCGUUAACAACUCACUGGCCGGUCACAUGUUAUCGGAGCGAAAUCUCACCUACGUGGUCGUGUAUAACGCCAGUCACAUGGUUCCAUAUGACCUUCCGGUCGUUAGUAUGGACAUGAUGUAUCGGUUCAUGGGAUUGGAUAAACAAAAUAUAUCGAAAUUUCCAUCCAGCGUUGGUUAUCAGUUUGAUGAUUCGACCACCGGGGAACCUGCCUCCAACAACAACCAAACUUCAAACGAAGACAAUGAAGUUUGGGAUCGAUAUUAUAACGCAGGUACUGCUACGCUCAUAAUCGUUAUUUUCGGUGUCCUAUGUUUGGGAGCUUUCGUUCUCCGAGGAAGAUUAAGACGACGCAGAAAUAAAAAUCAGGCUAUGAAAUCUGCUGUGGAGAACGGACAUGAAGAGAUGGACGAACUCGUUGUACGAACUCCAGAAGAGAUUUUCGGUGAUAGCGAGGACGAGGAUGAUCGAAAAAACAAAGGUGGUAGAUAUGUCGAUGACGAUGGAGAAGAUAGAGUGCACUUGAAGUCAGACGAGGAACUAUGA